AUGAAACCUAUCAGCACCACCGCAGCUUUCCUAGCUCUGCUGUCAACAUCUCAAGCACAAAUACCAAAAGUCAGCGGCUUCAACUUGGCGUGGUACGACGAUUUCAGCGGCAAGGCCAACACGAUUCCAGACCAGAAUAACUGGAUCAUUGACACUGGUACCGGUUAUCCUGGCGGUCCAGCAAAUUGGGGCACCCAGGAAGUCCAGUCAUACUCCAACAGUCCUCAAAAUAUCCGAGUCAAUGGCGCUGGCAAUCUUCAUAUCACCGCCAUCAAGAACCCUUCCACAGGCGCAUGGACUUCCGGGAGGAUUGAGACUCGCAGAGCCAAUUUUAUGGCGCAACCGGGGAAAAUCAUGCGGAUUCAGGCUAGCCUGAAGAUCCCGAAUCUAGGAGGCAACGCCGGUAUUGGCUACUGGCCCGCGUUCUGGACCCUGGGCGCUGAAUAUCGUGGCAACUACUGGAACUGGCCGGCAGUUGGUGAGAUCGAUAUCAUGGAAAAUAUCAACAAUCUUGACCGCGCUUAUGCCGUCUUGCAUUGCGGUACCAACCCUGGAGGCGCUUGCAAUGAGCCAUCUGGCCUCAGCGGGUACCGUUCUUGCCCUGGAAAGUCCUGCGCUGGAAACUUCCAUACUUUCACUGUAGAAGUCGACAGAUCAAAGUCUGUAGAGGCACUUCGCUGGUAUGUCGACGGCGUUCAGUUCCACCAGGUUCUUCAAUCAAAAAUGCCGGUCGCCACCUGGAAGGGAACUGUACAGAAACCGCACUUCAUUUUGCUGAACAUGGCCAUUGGUGGAUCUUUCCCCAAUGCAAUUUACGGUUCAAAGACACCUCUCAGUACCACUUUGUCGGGCGGGACGUACGAGGUCGAGUAUGUCGCCGUGUAUUACACUUGA